AUGGCGAAACGCAUUGUGGAUUUGAGUGCCGACGACCCAGGUGCUGUCGCGGCAAUGAUACAAUACUGUUAUCAACUGGACUACGGAGACACUCGAUCUGAUUCAAAUCCUGCGCUGUACAGUGUGGUUACCCUGCGACCGCACCUCGACACCUAUCUGCUAGCAGAGCGGUAUGGUAUGCCUGGUUUGAAGAAUCUUGCAGCGCAGAAAUUUGAGAAGCUAUCUAUCGCAGUCUUGACCACAGUGGGCAACGAGGACGAGUUCCCACAGUCGAUCCGAGAUCUCUAUGCUCCAUCACGAAGAACCAGAGGAAAUGAGUUACGACGCACAGCAGUGAAGCUUUGCGCAGAUCAUCUUGGGAGUGCUGUUCUGGGUAUCGGGAAAGAGGUAUCAGGAAUUCUUGCCCUGAUAGACGAGAUUCCUGAGUUCAGAUCAGAUCUUUUCAAGGAGAUUGCCAAGAGGUGGAAGUGA